AUGGCGGUCGAGGAUGUCGAGAAGCAUGUCGAAUCCAAGCAACUUGGAUUGACUGAGCAUAAUGAAGUACAACAGCCGAAGCGGCUUGGGAGUGUCUCCCACGACAACCCCGCCCAAGCAAUUGAAGAGGCCAAGCAGGCCGAAAUUACAUUUAGCAAUCCUGCUCAUUUUACCUACCUCCUCGUGGCGUUCGCCUCCAUGGGUGGUCUGCUCUCUGGUCUCGAUCAAUCGCUCAUCAGCGGUGCCAACUUGUACAUGCCCAAAAGUCUCAACCUCAAUCCUGACCAACUGAGUUUGAUCAACGCUGCCAUGCCUCUUGGGGCCGUCGGUGGUGCGCUGCUCUUGUCUCCAGCAAAUGAAUGGUGCGGCCGUCGUUGGUCCAUCAUUUGGGCUUGUGUUCUCUAUACCAUUGGUGCAGCACUUGAAGCCGGUGCCAUUUCGUACGGAAUGAUGAUUGCUGGACGUCUGAUUCUCGGUGUCGGUCUCGGUCUGGAAGGCGGAACCGUUCCUGUUUACGUUGCCGAAUCGGUUGCUCGACAGUAUCGUGGUAACCUCGUCUCGCUCUAUCAGUUCACCAUCGCGCUGGGUGAAGUCUUGGGCUAUGUAGUGGCAGCCAUCUUUGUGAACGUCAAGUCCGGCAACUGGCGAUACAUGCUCGGCUCAUCCCUCAUCUUCUCAACCAUUAUGCUUGUCGGCAUGUUCUUUAUGCCCGAAAGUCCCCGUUUCCUCAUGCACAAGGGUCGCAGCGUUGAGGCUUGGGCUGUGUGGAAGCGCAUCCGUCCUGUCGAUCAGCUCGAAGCCAAGGAAGAGUUCUUCAUCAUGAAGCGUGCGGUCGAAGAGGAGCGUAACGAAAUGUCGACUCGUUCUGGUGCUUUUGCCUGGAUGGACUUCUUCACCCACGGCCGCGCGCGCCGUGCUAUUGUCUAUGCCAAUAUCAUGAUCUUCCUAGGCCAAUUCACCGGUAUCAACGCCAUCAUGUAUUACAUGUCCGUGCUGAUGAGCCAGGUCGGCUUCAACGACAAAGAAGCCGUCUUCAUGUCUCUCGUGGGUGGCGGUGCGCUUCUUUUGGGUACCAUCCCCGCCAUUUUCUACAUGGAGCGGUUCGGUCGACGAUAUUGGGCAUGCGCCAUGCUCCCUGGCUUCUUCAUUGGUCUCAUGAUCAUUGGCCUGGGCUACCUGAUCCCCACUUCUCACACUGGCGCAGCCAUGGGUGUCUAUCUGACUGGUUUGAUCCUCUAUCAAGGCUUUUUUGGCUCCUAUGCCUGUCUCACGUGGGUCAUUCCUUCGGAAGUAUAUCCCACAUACCUCCGAAGCUACGGUAUGACCACUUCAGAUGCGCUGCUUUUCUUGAGCUCCUUCAUCGUCACUUACAACUUCACCCGCAUGCAAAAUGCUAUGGGAAAGAUUGGCCUUUCGCUGGGCUUCUACGGCGGUAUCGCCGUGGUUGGUUGGUUCUACCAGUUGCUCUUCAUGCCUGAGACCAAGAACAAGACUCUAGAAGAGAUUGACGUGCUCUUCUCGCAACCCACUAGUGAGCUAGUCAAGGAGAACAUCGCCAAUAUCAAGCAGACUAUUGAUGAUCUGAUGCACUUCCGCCUCAAGAAGGUCUUCGCUCCUUCUUAG